AUGAAACCACCCUCUUUAUUGGAUAACAACAAACUAGUCACUGCAUAUAGUCAUGUCCUGAAAGCGAUCACCACAUUGCUCACACGGGCGGGCGUCUUCCUCAUUUCUCUUGGCAUCGACGGUCAUAUCGUCUCGAGGGGCAUCGCCAGUCUUGCUGACUCAUUGAAGGAGUUGCAAGGUAUAGUCGUAAUGAUAGAGGAGUGGGUCGACCACGCGAUCAGUAGCCAGAAGUCGGAGAACAACACUCAAGCAAAUCCGGUAGAAAGUGGGCAAAAAGAAGAGGAUGUUGUAGUUUUACCCCGCACCCCGCCACGCAGCACUCACAUGAAUCAAUCUACAUGUCUGAGACCUGAUCCCACUACGCCCAGCCCCACAGCCCCUUACGGAGUGUCUAUACCGUGGUCAGCAUUCCCGCAAUCUUCGCCUCAGACCACAUCGCUAUUUUGUCGUGGCAUUCAACAUACUCCUCUAUCCAUCCAGAACGCGCCCGCUCUCUUCAAUCACAUGCGGGCAAUACCUACACCUCAAACACCUGCUCGCACAAUUGGACUCUUCGGGUCUCCCAUGACUUCCAACGUAAUGACACCACUUGCAUACGGAAGGCAUCUUUCUUCAAUCGACACUCCUCGUCAAAUCCCGCCAUUGUUCUGGCGACCGGCACCGAAAGCACAUGCGAUCAAAUUGAUGGUACCGGACAGCGCGAGACAUAGAAAGAAGGCUGGUAAAGAGAACGAGGAAGUAGCAGUUGCCUCUGCAUCGAGCAAGUCAAUACCAUCACUCCUUGGGUAA